AUGAAACUUGCCCUGCUGUGCACGCUACUGGUGUUUGCUGGAGCCAGCAGCAGCGGCUGGUCCCCUAGAAUGCUGGCUUCGGCCAGGGAGCUCUGGGCUAUCACGCUGUGCAGCGUGACUCUGGUCUGCUGUGAGGACAAGCAGCUGGGGACUCAGACACUGGGGACAGCCAGAGCCACCAUGUCAGACAGGAGUGGCAACGUGGAUUCCUGCGCAUUGAGGGACACGCUGGGGACACAGCAGGCCUGCAUGGACCAGAUACCCACCAGUCACUUUGGCUGCAACCCAAGGCAGCUGCCGCCCAGGUGCCCCUGUCAUUUUCUCAUUCAACGUCACUGGUUCGGUCCAGCAGGGCAGAAGGGCCAGGCGUGUGUCCCACCGGCCUCCUCUGACGUUCAUAUCCUCUCCUUGUUACCGGGCUCUUUGGCAGGUGUGAUUCCAACCCAGGGCGGGAUCUUGAACCUGAACAAGAUGAUCAAACAAGUGACCAGAAAAACACCCAUCUUCUCCUAUUGGCCCUAUGGCUGCCACUGCGGACCUGGUGGCAAAGGCCAACCCAAAGAUGCCUCGGACUGGUGCUGUCAGAACCAUGACUGUUGCUACGCUCACCUGAGGCAGCACCGAUGCCGUAUCCACACAGACAACUAUGACUACACCUUUUCCCAGGGGGACAUCCAGUGCUCCGACAAGGGCAGCUGGUGUGAGCAGCAGCUGUGUGCCUGCGACAAGGAGGUUGCCUUCUGCCUGAAGCGGAACCUGGAGACUUACAAGAGACACCUGCGUCACUACUGGCGGCCCCACUGCAGAGGCCAGACCCCUACGUGCUAGGAGGAGCCCGCCCGGCAGUCCCUCUCCCCCUGCCCCGUUCCUCAGCAUCUUGAGCGCUGCAAGUCCCGUGGGACUGCUGACAUCCCUCAGUAUCUAACCCCCUGCACCAGGCUGGGAGGGUCUCAACCUAGCCCCACCCACCACCUGGCUCCUGGACCUUCGAAACCUUCCCGACCAAGUUGGCAGCUGUCUCUUCCGAGGAUGGAUUGAG